AGUAUAUUGGGGUCCAGGGUGGUGGCGAUUGCGCAUAGGCUGGCACGGUGACAAUGCGGUAGAAGCCGUGCAGACGCGCUACACAUACCUGAUGUACCCUUCUUAUGGCUUUUUACUACCCUGGAAAAACUGAUUGGCCUGGCUCUUUCUGUGACGUUUAGUUGGUUGUGGUGGAGGGCCUAUAUUCGCGGCCGGUCGUCCGCAUAGCCAUAAUUUGUAAUUGCAAUUUAAAUGGCAGUAUAAAAUAGCACAGGUGAUCGAAUCUCUAGGCUCGGGCCGCUGAGGCGGUCGGCUGGAGGCGCGAGCGGCUGGUAUGCUGGACAGCCGAUGUGCGGGUCAAGAGCUGAGAGGCUUCUCAAGCUCUCACUGCCUGCCAUGGGCUCGUAUCCCCACCCGGCGAAUCUCGCAGCGCACGACAGACAUCAAUUCGCAAAGCUACAGUCAAGAUGAGGAACGAAUUGCAAGUGGGCGUCUGGCCUGCUCCUCGACUUCUUGUUGCUGCGCCAAUACCUUGGCUACGACCCUGGAUAGCCUUCCACUUGCCCACAACCACCACCACAGAAUCGGCCUAGACCUUCAAUAUGUGGAUCAGGGAGGCAACGCGGACCGCCACCCAGCAGCAGCAGCAGGCAGCGGGGCCCGGGCGCGUCACCUCCCGGGGGGCCGUACGGACCAGCAGCGGCAGCAGCAGCGGCAGUGGAGGCAGGUGAAGGGGGAUGAGGGACCGACGCUGGAGCAGCACGAGCAGCAGCAGCGGGCCCAGUCCUCUUCCUCAUGCUGCGGGAGCUGCGAGGCUGGGCGGGAGUGCACCGGUACGCCCCUGCACCAGCGCCCCAGCAGCAGCAGCAGCGGCGGCGGCGCAUGCGACAACACCGGGAGCGACGGCGGUACCGGCGGUGGCGGCAUCAUGGGCGACGCCAGCAGAGCCGGUGCGCACAUGAGCGGCAGUGCUGACGAUGCCACUCGCUGUCAGCCCUCUUGCCGUGGCAGUAGUGAUGGGGGGGCCGUACGACACGAUGAUGAUGGUAGCGGUAAUGAUGCCGCCACCCCAGUGUCGACAAGACAUCGUGGGGGGCGCAGCUCUCCCCCAGCACCCGCCAAAGCGCACCACCAGAGACCGCAGCAGUCCCUGACACCGCCGCCGCCAUCGCCACCUCCCUCGCCACCUCCCUCGCCACGGCACCGGAACACACAACACUCGACAGCAGCAGGCGGCGCCACAUCACACUCCAGGGCGACCGGAGCAAAACACAGUGGCAGGCACCCACCUAACAACCCCUCGGGCGGCCGCGGUGAAGAUACCGACAGAAGCCGCAGCAGCAGUCGUAGCAGCAGCCGUAGCGACCGCAGCAGAAGCAGCGCUGGACAAGUCAGCGGUAGCAGCAGCAGUCCUGGUGCCGGCAGCGGCCCAGGCAACAAGGGGAGCAGCAGCGGUCCACACCACCACCACCACCACCACCACCCCCUGAUGCAGCCCGCUCAGCUCACGACGCGCAUCACCGGCUGCACCUCAUGGCGACAACUGGACGAGCUGCUGCUGAUGACGUCAUCAACGCACCAACAGCUGAAUGCCGUACACGUCACGGCCAUUGCGACACGGCUCACACACCUGCAGACGCCACCACCGCCGCCACGGGCAGCCUGGUCGCGGCUGGGGACAGCUGACGGCGAAGAGGACGGUGGCGCUGUUGGGGGCAUCAGUGGAGGCAGCCAGCAAGAGCAGCAGGACCAGCAGGCCUGGCGGUCCUUCCUGCGGCGGCUGAUGUCGCUUGUGGAGAGCCGAGCCGCGCAGUUGGACGCACGGGGCAUUGCCAACAUCAGCUGGGCGCUGGCGAAGCUGCUGAGCUCGGGGAGGGGGUCCGUAGGGGACCGUGGCGGCGGCGGCAGCAGCAUUGGUGACGGUGGCGGCGGUGUUGAUGCUGAUGAGGGGGAGGGUGGCUAUGGAGGUGCAGGGCCGGCAGUGUCAGCAGCAGUGGAAAGCGGUUGCGAGGGAGCAGCGGCGUCGCUGCAGGCGGAAGCGCGGAGGCUUGUCGCUAUGCUGUUGAGCCUUCCUGUCGCCGACCCACGGGUCAGCGCCAGGAAACCCGUGUCUGGGCCCGUUGCCGGGGGUCGCGGUGGCGGUGGCGGUGGUGCGAUGGAGGCUCGGCACGUGGCCAACGCGCUGUGGGCGGUGGCCUCGCUCGGCGUCACGCGCAAUCCGACGGAAGAGGACUAUGCUGCUACGGGGGCCAGCAGCAGCAGCAGCCACGGGUGGGUGCCGCGAGCUAUGGCUGCCGCGCAGGACAUGUUGCGGACGGGUAGCUUCAGCGAGGAGGGGCUGUCGCAGCUCAUUUGGGCGGUUUCGGAGCUGCGACUGGCGCCAGGGCGAGGCUGGAUGUCGGAUUUCUACACCGCAACUGCACGCAUGGCGCCGCGGCUUCCAGCGCACAGCGUAUCCAACGUGCUACUGUCCUUGGCGCGCAUGGUGUCGGUCAACGUUGACGGCGUCGGCGGCGCCGUUGACCCUGGCGCUGACGUCAGCAGCAGCAGCAGCCGACACGCGGAGGCUGAGGUUGGGGCUCAGGCUGAGGCUUCUGCCGUGGGUUUUCAGCCGCCGGGCGAUGCCUGGCUGUCUCGUUUCCUGCAGGAUAGCGCGCCGUGCCUGGCAACCGCGGACGGAGAGGCGCUAGCAAACAUGGUGUGGGCGCUGUCCGCGCUCCUGGACGAUGACUCAACCAGAGCUGCAGCUCCUGCUGCUACCUCUCCUUUCACGACACACCCUUCCCUGCCGCCGUCACAACCGCCACCUCAGCUGUCGUCAUCACAGCAGUCCUCAUCACUGGCAUCUCCCAUCCCGCGCUACUGGUUUCGGAGCUACUAUACGGCACUAGCAGCGGCGGCGGCAGCAGCGGUUGCAAGCAGGGGCCAUGCCAGCGAAAGCAGCAGCAGCAGUGACGGGAGCGACGGUGGUGGCGGCGGCGACAGCGCCAUCCCCACCAGCCAUUCCUACCGGACAUCCUCCUCUUCCUCUUCCCAAGCGCGCAAGAUCUGCACUGAUGCGCAGCUUAGUUUGGCUGUGUGGUCGCUGGCGCGAUUGAGGGACGUGUUGCAGCGCCGGAGGGCGGUAGUGGCAGCAGCAGCAGGGGGAAGAGGCACCGUACCGUUGGCUGGUAUGUCGGGCGGUGGCGGCAUGUUGGGUGGUGAAAAUGAGACCAUGCUGCAGCAGCAAUCUCAGCCGCAGCUGCUGCCAGUGUUGUCGCCGCCGCCAGCGCUGGUGGCCGCAGCCGCUGCUCAGCUGCGCCUCGGGCUGACCAGCAUGCCCGACCAGAGCCUUGUAAUGGCCGGCUGGGCGCUGGAGCGGUUGCAACUGCCGCUGCAGCUGAGGCUGCUGCAAGCGGUGCCGCAACCGCAGAGCAUGGCGCACGCGGUUGCUGCCGUAUCCGAUGCGCUGUCACCCGCUCCCUCGGGCUCCGUCGCAGCAACACCGCAGGGUGGCACCUCCAGCAGCACCAGGUCAGCAGGUUUCGUAACCCAGGGAGACGAACACAUGUCGGAGCCUUGGCAGCAGGCUUGGUUCCAGGCAGCGGAGGGGCGGCUGUACGGCAUGAGCGGAUCCUGGUUGCUAAGAUGCCUUCAGACGGCGGCUGCAUGGGGGCAAGCGGACAACCAAGGAGGAGGAGGAGGAGGAGGAGGCAGCAGUGCCAGCGCCAGUGCUUGUAACGGUAGCGGGAAUGGCGGUGGAAGUGGCGGUGGAGGGAUGUCGGCAUGUUUCAGGGGCAACCGGGACGCGGAACGCUGGCUAGGAACGGCGCUGCGCGCCGUGUUGCAGCGUCGGCACUGCGUGUUGCGGCCGCGGCUGCUGCUGACGUGGAUGCGAGGGGCGGAGGCCUGUCUGCCGUACAGCUGUCCGCGGAGCAUGUUGCAGGCGGUGGCGGCGGCGGUACUGGAGGGCGCGUACGGCAGCGGCAGCAGUGACAGCGGCAGCAGCAGUGACAGUGGUAGCAGCGGCGGCGGCGGCAACACCGGCCGCGGUAGCUGGACCGUGACUGCGUUGCUGCAGUGCGGCUCGGCGCUGGCUCGGGCAGGCUACCUGCCGCAGCCCGCUUGGCGGCAGGCCUUCUUCCGCCGGGUGUUGCAGCUGUCAGAGCUGUCUCCGCUGCCACCGUCACCGUCGUCACCACCGCCGCAGUUGCAACAUGAACAACACCAUCAGCCGCAUGCAACGGAACCACCAACACCCUCAUCAUCCCCCCCAGGUGCCGUCCCCAGGCUGCCAGGGCCCCAGAGCAGCCCUCAGCAUGCAGCACCCUCUGCAGCACCAGCCGCCGCCAGCGCAGCUGGGAGUCAUGGUGUCAGGUUUGCGGAGGGUCAGCGGCAGGUGAUGGGUCCGCGGCACAGACUGUCAGUCAGCGACGUGGCACUGCUGCUGACGUGUACUCAGCGGUGGGGCGCCAACCCUAGCGACGCCACGCUGGCGGCGCUGCUGUACGGCGGAGUGCCGUACGAGCGCUGGGAUCCGCAGCUGGCGGCGGACAUAUGCCGUUUGCUGGUGCUGUUGUACACAGCAAAGCGGAAAGCGGCUGUGGCGCAGCAGCAGCAGCAGCAGAUGAAACACCGGCAGCAGAGGUUGUUGUGGCUACAGCAGCAGCAAAGUCAGCAGCCGCAUGGGGAAGAGCAGCAGCAGCAGCCGCAAUCCGAGGCGCAGCAAGCAGUAAACCUACACCACCAGCCGGGACCGGCUGAGGCAGCUGUAGUUGACAGGCAGGCGGGUACACAGCAGGACGUACAGGGCGCGGAAAACGGCGCACACGAACGGAGCCGGUGCCAUGCAGCCAGGAACAGCGCUGAGGCGCAAACGCCGCUCGAGGGUUUUGGGGAAGAGGAAGAAGAAAUGAGUGACGCCGCAGCGCAGAGGAGGGUAGGGCUGCCGCCGCUGGCUGCUCCCGGGGCUGAUGGGUCGGGCGGGCGGCGUGAGGAGGUUCUGCAGCGGGGGCCGGGGCGGCCGGUGCCUGCGGCAGACGGCUCUCCCUCCCUACCGCCGCUACCACCACCGGUGGCAGCCAGCAUGCCUUCAGGACCACCUCCUCCCAGCCCCGCGAUCCCGACAUCGUCAUCCUUAUCCCCCUUGCAGCGCUCCUCCGCAGCGGCACUCGCAGCAGCUCCCACAACAUCCCGUCCACCGCCCGGCUCGCAUGCGGUCUCGGCUCGCAGUCCCGACAGUGGUGGUGACAUGCGGGUGAAGGCAGGCCCUCCCGCCACAGCCGCCCCGAGGAGGCCUCCCCAGCAGCCAAGCAGCAGCCCGGGCAGCCCUCCCCCCGGUCCCAACGCAGCAGGCCAUACAGCGGGCGGUUCCGUGGUCCGGCCCUUCGUGCUGCACAUGCUGCGCCUGGCAUGUGCCUCCCUCGCUCCUCCGCCAGCUAUCCACGCCUCCACUACCACUACAGCAGCAGCACUCCCGCAGCAGCAGCAGCAGCAGCUGCAGCUUCGGCCACUGCAACACCCACAGCCUCCUCAGCAGGAGCCGGCCAUGCCAAGUCUCCCCCACCGCCCUUGGCCGCUACGCAACUUGGCGACACUGCUCUGGAGUGUCAGCCGGCUGCGCAUGUGGCUAUCCACGGCUCAGCGCCGAGCCGUACUUGUCGUACUGGACCGACAGCUGCUAAUCGCGCCGCCUGGGGAGCUGGUGCCGCUGCUGUGGGCUGCAGGUCGGCUAGGCGUGCCGCCGGGGACCCCCGGACGACUGCAGCAGGCGCUAGCCUCGCACCCCGGGUUGCGACCCACGGGUCUGCCCGACUGGCAGCUGUUCAUGGUGUUGGAGCUGCUGGUGAUGUGGCGGGUGGCGCCGCCGGCUGGGUGGUGUCAGCAGGUGAUGCGGCGGCUGGUGUGGUGGCUGAGACCCGCGGUUCCGCCGCCGCCCUGGGCGAUGUCCCGGAGGUGGGCGCAGCUGCAGGUGGGGGCUAUGCGGGAGCUGGGCGGGGACGAG